CCCCUCAUCAAACCGCAAAGAUGUCUCUCGUCACCGGCGAGAAGUCGAACUUCCAGUUCAUCUUGCGUCUCCUCAACACCAACGUUGAUGGCAAAGAGAAGGUCAUGUACGCCUUGACCAAGAUCAAGGGUGUCGGUCGCCGAUACAGCAACUUGGUGUGCAAGAAGGCCGAUGUCGACCUCAACAAGCGCGCCGGCGAGCUUACUUCCGAAGAACUCGAGCGCAUCGUUACCAUCGUCCAGAACCCGACUCAGUACAAGAUCCCCACCUGGUUCCUCAACAGACAGCGCGACAUUGUGGACGGCAAGGACUACCAGGUGCUCGCCAACGGUGUGGACAGCAAGCUCCGUGAGGAUUUGGAGAGACUGAAGAAGAUCCGUGCCCACAGGGGUCUGCGUCACUACUGGGGUCUCCGUGUCCGUGGACAGCACAGCAAGACCACCGGUCGCCGGGGCAGGACUGUCGGUGUCAGCAAGAAGAAGGGUUGAUUGUGUGCGGUUUUCAUGGUACAACGAGAUGGUGGGAAUGGCGUCUACAUCCGACAGAUGGCCUCCGGCGUACUGUCUUGCAUUUUGGGGUGCUAUAGCGGUCCGCACGCUGCGGUAAAACGCGAAUGAUAGCCUAGCCACAAUCCAAUCGUCAAGUUCAGCAU